UCUGACCUCACCAGUUACCUGGGCAACACGAUACCCCUUGGUUAGACUGGUUGUCAGACUUUCAAGCUUCUGGCGCUCUACAAUCUAUAGUGCGAAUAACACCUCUCUCCCAAAACUGUGGUCACCGGAUUUCUCUUCGAAUUUAUUAAAAAUAAGUAUUAAAUUCGUCAUCAGUUUGACUAAUUCGUUAAAAAGAGAUACGACUUUUUUAUUUUUUAGUUACCUACAUAGCAAAAUGUUUGUCGCCCCGAUAAAUCUAUAUUUAGUUCAUAAACCAACAUUUUCCUUACAACAUUUAAUGCAUUAUCAUUUUAUUACAAUUAGCAGCUAAACUUUUAAUUAAGUCUAGAUAAAUAAAGGAAAACGUUCAUAAUGCGUAAAAUAGUCAAUAACAUAACAGUUUUCAAUAUACCUGUUUGUGUGCCACUACAAUUUAAAUAAAUUUCUGAUUCUGUGCGUCAAUACUUCACAAAUAAGAAAUUGAACGAACAAAGAAUAUAACACUAGAAGGCCAUUAUUAAAAACACAAAUAUUAUCAUGAAGUAUUUAGCAGUACUGUUCCUCGUGAGCAUGGCAACAGCAGCGCCCCUGAACGGCAAGGGUACCGACUUCUUCAGCGUCUGCAGCACCUGCACCGGAUCCUUCUCACCAGUCUGCGGGUCUGAUGGGCGCACGUACUGGAACCAGCAGUGCGCGCUCUGCUUCAACCCUGAUAUGACGUUCUCUAAUGGCUUCUGUCCUCGCCUUGAUUUAGAAUUAGAAGGAUAGAGACUAAGAUUUCUUUGGUAGUUAUUUCGUACCAUUUUUUUUUCAUGGUGACUGGUAGGUAUUUUACGUUAAUUUCAAUUGGAAGUAAGUUUCAAUCGUAAAAUUAUUUUGUUAUAUU